GAAUAAUAACUAUGUGGCAUUCUUAUGCCGUUAUGAAAACCACUAAACUUCACACCUGGCCACUAAUCUUUCCUUCACAUGUGAUGAACCAGUUAAUGAGGGGUCAACUUAUUCUUGAAAAAAUGCGUGGACAGUACUAAACAAAUAGGGAAAAACUGUGUGAUGGUGAUUUUGUUAAAAGGGGCUUUGUAGAAUUAAAGUCAGGUGACCCAGUCAUAUGAAACCUCCAAAUACAGCUUUUAGGUUUUGCUGGGCCAUUGUUUUAAACAUACCCAAUAUGAACAGGCAACCCAGGUAUCAUCCCAGCCUGUGGCUUCUUUCCUGCAUGUUGCUCCCUGCUCUUUCUCCCCGUUUCCUGCACUAUCAACUGUUAUGUCCUGUCAAAUAAAAAGGCCAAAGAACCCAGAAAUAAUCUACCUUUACUGUUAUUACUGUGAAGAGGUUUAAAAUCUAUCCUUUUUCUGCUGCUGUCAAUAAGGUUUUGGUAGAUUCCUUAAUUUUUACUGGGGGUAAAAAAAGUGGUGAUGGUACAAUGGAAUGGGAUGUCAGUAAUGUCAACAAUAUCAUAGGUAAAUUACAUACUUUCAUCUGAAAGUACAGCAUACCUGAAGUGAAAUUUGAACCUUUUAUUUAUUGAGUCUUUUUGAGUCUUACCAUUGGAGUAGCAUAAAGCAAAAAAUGUUGUGCUUUCCUUCAGGAGAAUUUGACAUGGUCAUGUGCUCUCAUUAGUCAUAUAAUAACUGCUCACAACUUUGUGAAUUACUUGACAUAAUGAAAAACUGCCACAUGAACUGGAAAUCACCUUUUUCAACCUCACAGCAGUCUUUACAUAAAGAAAUACUGUCCUCUAGUGAAGAAGAUUGGUACAACAUUUCAAAGAUUAUGAACCCCUGAUUUGAAGACCUUGCUGAAUUGUCCCUUAUGUUCACCUAGCUGAUCUGAAAGUUGUUCCUUUUAUGACUCUGCUUUCAGUGUGAUCCGGCCUCACCAUCUUGGCUUAUUAACGUAUUUCUUUUUUUUCUGUCUUACUCUUUUUCCUCAUUCUUUUUUACUUUGAUUGCUGGUCAUCCAUAUUGCCAUUUCUCAUUCCUCCUGCCAUUUCUCAUUCCUCCUGCCUCUCUCCCUUCAUUCUCUUUUUUCCAUCUUUCUUUUGCAAUGAUUUCUUUCACUGACCUCUCAGGGUUAUAAAGCCAUGGAGCGUGCCACCUCUUUUAAAUCCUGUCUGAAGAAGGAGCUUGCAAGCAGAUAAGUACCAUUGACAACGAAAAAGCUGGGAUAUAUUCAUAAUCUUUAUUGUUUUAAGAGUUGUGUUUCUGUUUUAAAUGAUGCAGUAUAUUAGCAAGUGACAGAGGUCGUUACUAAUACUUGAGUUUCAGCACUAUCCAGAUAGUUGAACAGUUUGGAAUUAUGUUUUUUCAAUUCUGAAAAAAUUCCCACUCACUUAUUUCCUGUUUCCAAUACAGAAAAUGAUCGAUGAAUGCAAAAUUCUUUGUUUCUAAUGUACUGUUUCAGAAAACUAUACUGGAACAAGAAGGUGUCCUCAGGGCCCUUCUUAUGACUGUGCCUGUCUUUGCUCCAUGUUUACCAGGUGAAGGGCCGGCACCACACCUCCUUCUCUGACUGUGUCCAUUCCGAGGCCAGAAAACAAGUACAGCAGCUCUGGAGGAGAUACCAAGAGAAGUCAUAGAAGAAGAGAGUGACAGGAGGCAUGGAAAAAAAUAAAAUAAAAAUGAGGAGAAGGUCAUCGUGAUGAACCCAUUGACAUGAGCUCUGACUUAAUUGUCAGUGGUAUGAAAAAGAACUGUUUUCAUGGUUGGAUCGCCAAUGGACCCCCAAAACAGAUGACUUCAGUUGUAAAAACUUGUCUACACACAGCUGACUGACACUCAUUAUACUAACAAUAACGCACAAUAUGUUUUCCCUGUGUUUUCCUGUUUGUCUACUUGAAACCAAUUAUGCCAAAAAAUGAUUUACAGUUGAUAAAGAACAAAAAGGAAUAUAACUUGACAUAUUAAUUCUUCAAGCAUGAAAAUGCCAUAACAGUCGGCAAGACAGUGGUUAUUUUGUAAUUAAGCUGUAAAUGUGAUAUUAGAAAUGUACUUUAUACUAACCUGCAUAAAGAUGUUAAAAAAGUUUGAACCGCUGCACUACAACCUGUAAAAACUAAAACAGCACAACUGAUACAACAUUAUGCAAUAAAACACUAAGACAACAAUGUUACCUGAA